CCCUCAAUUCUGCUUUCAUUGCACUCGCCUAAAAGACUUCAUUCCCAUAUCAAUCAUGACUUCAAAGUUUCUCGCAAUUAUCGCCGGCGUUGGCCCUGGCACAGGCGCCUCGAUCGCCAGAAAGUUUGGUAAGGCAUACUCUGUCGUCGUUCUGGCUCGAAACCCAGACAAUUUCGACCCAGUCGUUCAGGAGAUCAAUGCCAGUGGCGGCCAAGCCUUCGGCAUUAGCACUGACGUCUCCGACUCAAAGAGCGUGAAUGCGGCCUUUGAUAAGAUCGCAUCUCAAUACCCAUCAUCUAAGGUUGUCGCCGCGGUGUUUAAUACUGGCGGCGGCUUCGUCCGAAAGCCACAAGGUGCUUUUAACUUCGCUCAACGCUCUCUCCCGCUCCUCUUAGAUUCUCGUGAAUCCUCCGAGUAUCCUCCAACUCUGAUCUUCACCGGAGCUACAGCGAGCCUUAGGGGUUCGGCUAACUGUGCUGGUUUUGCCUCGGCCAAGUUUGCACUGCGCGCGUUAGCACAGUCGCUUGCUCGUGAGUUUGGACCGCAGGGUGUGCAUGUCUCGCAUACCAUCAUCGACGGUGUCAUUGACAUACCACGGACUAAGGCAUGGGUCAAUGAACACGUGGAUGGGAAAUUGAGUCCCGAUGCUAUUGCGGACUCGUAUUGGUAUCUGCACACUCAGCCACGAACGACGUUUGCAUUUGAACUCGACCUACGUCCAUAUGUUGAGAAGUGGUAA